AUGUCACCCGCGGGUGGGUCAAUUCUUGACGAACUUCUGCCUAUGAACAAACUAGCAGCCAAGGCCCUAUCUGCUAUGGUUAGUGAUUGGACUCGUGGAUGUUAUCCGGGUGGGUCGGGUGACCCGGAUUGUAGUGACCUGGGUGGGUCAAUUCGUGGGUAG